AUGGAUUGUGAACUUGAAAUGACUUGCAUCUCCUAAACUAAUCAAUUUAUUAUUGUAUGCUAUCCAGGUGAGAUUUUACUUUAAGACAAAUAAACUAAUGCUAAAAUAAAAUAUACAUAAGGACAUUUACUGGUUUAAGAAAUAGCUUUUGAUCAGGACACUUCUAAAAUAGCUGUAAAUCAUGAAGAUAAUUCAAUAUUGAUUUUGCAAGUUCAUACUUCUGGAAUUAUAAAAUUAUUUUAAAGCCCUCCUGCACAUUUUAAUAGAAUAAAAGGCUUGAUAUUUUUUGAAAAAGGAAAGAAAUUAAUUUCUUGUAGUCAUGAUGAAAUGAUAUUUAUUUGGAAUUUGGAGACUUUUGAGGUUAUUCAUCAAAUUGAUUAGUUGAAAGGAAAAAUUUAGCAUUAGCUAUUAUUUCAUAACUAAAAGUUUCUUACCACCAUAAGUUCCAAUGGAAAUAUAUGUUUUUAUAAUUUGCAAAAUAGAAAGCUUUUCUAUCAUACUAAUAGAGUACUAGCAAAAGUUUAAGAGAUAUGUGGAGUAAAAUAAAAUUUAAUGAAAAAUGAAAGAAUCUUGGUUUAAAUAGAUGACAAAAUAAAGAUCAUAAGUUUAAACAAUUAAAAAAUUUUAAGAGUACUUUAAUUGGAGGGUGAAUUUAUAGAUGCUUUGUUUUGUUUCAAUGAUAAAGCAAUAAUCAUCAUUAAUUAUGUCGAAAUCAAGCUAUUUGAUUACUAAUCCUGUAAGAUCUUGAAAACAAUGCCUCAGAAUGGAGAUUGUUAUAGUUUGGAUAAGGAAAAUAAUAUACUUGUUUAAAGAGAUAUAUAUGGAACUUUUUAUUAAAAAUUGAAUUUAAGCAUUUGA